CAGAGCAGCGCAACACCAUUCAUCGGCUCAACAGCGAGUGUGAUCUGCAGGUAAACAAGCGGUGAAAGUGGAACCGUUUCCUCCUUGUUUGACUUCAUUUACAUUCCAUCAAUUGGUCCAUGACACACCGUGUGUGUCCGUGAACAGCGGUGCGGUGAGCAAUGGCCCCGAGAAUCGACGACGUGAUGCGGCUGUGCUGCGAGGUGUCUGAACACAACAACAUCAAGGUGGCGGUGAAGAGCUCAGCCAAAGGAGCGUGUGCGGCAGGUGGCGGCGCGUUUGUCGGAGGAUUACUGGGUGGACCACCGGGCAUUGCUUUGGGUGCAACGAUAGGUGGCCUCCUCGGCGCUUGGAUGACCAGCGGUCAGUUCAAGCCGCUCCCUCAGAUCCUGAUGGAGCUGCCGCCAGCUCAGCGGCAGAAGCUCUACAGGAAUAUCAUGGCGGUGCUGAGCGAUCUGAACUGGAUGGACGCGGCUCAGCUGGUGGCCCUGGUGAUGGGCAGCACCAGCUUGCAGCAGCAGGUCACCGCCGCGCUGAUCAACUAUGUCACCAAGGAGCUGAAGGCCCAGGUGUCGUACGCAGACUGACAGAAGCUGGGGAGUACUUUCUGAACCAUUUCAUAAAAUUUGAUAAACUUGACUGACAAUUCUGCUGUGAGUGGAGAGAACGAAACAAUCGUGUCACUCUGUAUCAGGGUGUGAAUCGAACAUUAAAUAUGUGUAAUAAAGCCGCACUUCUUUUGACUAU